AUGCGCAAGUCAGGAGAAAGCUUCGAUUCGAGGCUCGCUGAAUGUCGGCUCCUCCGCCGGAUGUUCCGAUGCACUGUACGGAAUAUGCGCAGGAGGCGUGGCAGCGUCAUUUCGUCCAAAACCAGGAAGUGGGACCCCGAGCAUCUUCGGAUUUUCGGCGUGAGCUCCAACCGCACUACGCCGUCUGAGCUUGAGUUGCCCAACCUCUCCUCUCACCAUUGUAUCUUCGCCAUCACCCUCUCUCCCUACGAUUCCUGCGCCAGUCACAUCCAAGCCCUGCAGACGGCUGCUCCGACAAUCGAUUCGGUCAAUCUUGACGGUUCUAGCACUCUGUUCUCCCUGCAGAACGACGCUGCCACUACAGCUGCUGACUCUUUGCACUCAUCCUGCUCAGUGCUCGACACGGCAUCGCAGCUCGAGCCGUCCCUGAGGUAUCACCUCCUUGCCAACUAUACGGCUACACCAUGCAAGUCUCAUAAGCUUGCUGGUCGUGACGCGGCUGUCUCCUCAAGCACAAAGGCUGCCGCUUCGCCAUUUGCUACACAGCACCAAUCGUUCGGCUCGGUCUGCUGCUGA